AGUGUUGUGAAUAUCGCCACACGGUGGCGUUUCUACAUGUGUGUUCGCGCGGGAAAUGACCUGCAGAUUGUCUUAUUUUUUCCGGUGACAUCUGUGAGAUCCUGUCUUGGAAAAUCUCACUUGUUUUAUUGUCAAAGUACGAGGACAUUUGCAAAGUAUGAACAUAUAUUUUUGUGGAAGCAUCCGCGGAGGGAGACAGGACGUGAAUAUUUACCAGAGAAUAGUGAAGAAGUUACAGCAGUAUGGCAAAGUUUUGACAGAGCAUGUGAGCUAUGACAGUCUGUCUGCAAAGGAUGAUUGCAGGUCAGCACUGAACAUGCAUGCUCUUGGUCCAGGUGAAGAUGCGGUUUUGGAUGGAGAUAAAGCCAUUCAUGAUCGAGAUGUGGAGUGGCUGAUGAUGUCUGAUGUGAUAGUAGCUGAGGUGACACAGCCGUCUCUAGGAGUCGGUUAUGAGCUCGGCCGAGCUGUGGCAGCAAACAAGAGGGUUUUCUGUCUCUUCAGACCUUCUUCUGGAAAAGUGCUGUCUGCCAUGAUCAGAGGAGCAUCCACAAACUCGCUCUUCCAAGUCCAGGACUACACAGAGGAUGAAGUUGAGAGCAUCUUGGAGAAAUAUUUUGAUAGUAUCAAGAACUUAUAAGCACAUUUCAGCAAUUCAUAACAGAUAAGCACAACUUUUAUAUGCUAAUCCUCUCAUUUUAAGUCGGUAGGACAGUUUUCCUUUGGUGGGCAUGAACAUUUUACAUUACAAAUUCAGUGAAAAUGUGAAUUUUGAGGUGUAUUGUUACUUGCAUGUGAAUAAAUCUGUUUCAGCUAAA